AACAUGCAACUCUUUUUAUUUAAAACAUUCUACUUUUAUAGAUAUUGUUGGUCAAAAUAGUAUCUCGAAAACCGUGUCAAGACCAAAAAUACUUAUAUUUUGGGACGGAGGGGUAGUAUUCAUUGAUUCUCUCCAUCCGUAGCAGCCAAGUCCCAUGGAUGGUUGCAUGUGACCACAUCGUACGGGGCUACAAGGUGGUGUGUAUUCAUGCCCACACCGUUGCAUGUAUAAGUACAGCGCAAAAGUGGUAGAACGAGAGGCUCUGAUGCGCACCAGAUCGCUCAGUCUCACACCGCACAGAGACAGAGAAGAGCUCUAGAGAGAACGAGAGAGAGAGACAGAGAGAGAGAGAGAGAGGGAGAAUGGGGAGGAGAGCUUGCUGCGCAAAGGAAGGGAUGAAGAGAGGGGCAUGGACGAGCAAGGAGGACGACGUGCUUGCCUCCUACAUCAAGUCCCAUGGCGAAGGCAAGUGGCGCGAGGUCCCCCAACGAGCUGGUUUGAGGCGGUGCGGCAAGAGCUGCAGGCUCCGGUGGCUCAACUAUCUCCGGCCUAACAUCAAGCGCGGCAACAUCGACGACGACGAGGAGCUCAUCGUCAGGCUCCACACCCUCCUCGGCAACAGGUGGUCUCUCAUUGCAGGCAGGCUGCCGGGCCGAACAGACAAUGAAAUCAAGAACUACUGGAACAGCACGCUCAGCCGCAAGAUCGGCACCGCCGCCACCGCCGCCGCCGGCAGCCGCGGUGGCAGCACGCCGGACACCGCCAGAGCGACGGACGCGGCGUCGUCCAGCUCCGUCGUGCCGCCGGGCCAGCAGCAGCAGCCAGCCUCCCGCGCCGACACCGACACAGCAACGGCAGCGGCGGCGGCGGCGGCGACGACGACCACCGUGUGGGCGCCCAAGGCCGUGCGGUGCACGCGCGGGUUCUUCUUCCACGACCGUGAAACGGCGCCGCUCGCCGCGGCGGCGCCGGCGCCGGCAGGGGAAUUAGGAGACGGCGAUGACGUCGACUGCGACUACUACUGCAGCGGCAGCAGCUCGGCGGCGACGACGACGUCGUCGAGCUCAUUACCGGCGGUCGUCGAGCCGUGCUUCUCCGCCGGCGACGACUGGAUGGACGACGUGAGAGCCUUGGCGUCGUUUCUUGACACCGACGACGCCUGGAACUUGUGUGCGUGACAUUAGUUCGUCGUCCGUACGUACCUACGUAUAUGCAUGUGUGCGUCUCAUAGAAUGAAUAUAAAAUAAUAUUUUCUCCAUCUAUUUUAAGUGCAGUUGCGGGUUUCCGUAUAUAAAAUUAACGAUUUUGCUAUAUAUUUGUCGACAAAUUUUCUCCUAAAAAUUUGACAGAUGUAAUUACAGUACAAUCGUAGUAUAAUUACACUGUAACUUUCAUGUAAUUACACUGUAACUAUAGUGUAACUUGUAUGUAACUUUCAAAAAUCUCUUUGUAAUAUGUUAUUUCGGUAAAA